AUGGCAACCCCGAAUGUCAAAUCUGAAGGUAAUGCGGUAGCAUGGCGGAUCCACAAGAAGGGCCUUCUGCCUGUAACGAUGAAGAAGGAGACGAUAAGUGUACCCGAACCAAAGCAAGGCGAAGUGCUGGUAGAAGUGCACAGUGCCUCCAUCAAUCCAGCAGUCGCGCUUUCAAUGGGGACGCGCGUCUUGGGCAUGAUCCCUGUGGAAACUUCGGUCAGGUACGGUCAGGGCUCUCUGGCCACGCAUGUGUCUGUGCGAGUAGAGAAUCUGGCCGCCAUUCCUGCUUCAAUUGACACAAGCCUGAGCUCAGAGGAAGCGGCCGGCUUGCCGCUAGCAUCAACAACAGCGCUGCAACUGGUGCGCAAAGCUCGUGCCGGCAGCAAGGUUCUUGUUCUCGGCGGCAGCACAAGCGUUGGACUGAUCUUGCUGCAAAUGCUCAAAGUCGAGGGUGCAAGACACAUAGUCGCAACAGCAAGCGGAGUCAAGAAGGACACAGUCAAGACACGAGGAGCGGACGAGGUCAUCGACUAUCGCGAAGAAGACGUUGUGCAGACACUCAAACGCAAUCACUCAAGAGAGCAAUUCGACGUAAUUCUCGAUACCGUCGGCGACUUUACCGUCUUUGGCGCUUGCGCAGCCUAUCUGAAGGAGAGCGGCGAAUACGCUAAUGUCGGCGCUUCUAACAUGAAGCCAGACGGAUCUAUUUGGUCUAACUUGUCCUUCUUGCGCAACCUUGUUUCCCUCUACCUACCUUGGUGGCUGGGCGGCGUGCCUCGGAAAUCGAGUUGGGUCGAAUUCAUUCGUGGUGCUUUGCCCGAAGUCACCGAUAGAUAUUUGGUCACCAGGGCAGUAACGUGUCCGAUUGAUUCAAGGUUUGCCUUUGAUGAUGCGCCCAAAGCAUACGAGCGGCUCAUGACAGGUAGGGCACUGGGUAAGAUCAUCGUCAACAUCAAGCAUCCUGGCGAUCCUUCCGUUAGCUCUCAUCUCUAA